UCAGCUAAUUCUAAUACCUUUACAGUUGGCAACAAUGACAUUCAUACACCAAAAUGUCCGUGUUUAAAACUUAAUGUAAAAGUAAAUAUUGUUAGCUUAUUCUUGGAAUGCAUACAUCUUUUUAACUUUUUUUUUCAUGACAUAAUAUUCACAAAUUUGACUUGCCAAAUUGUAAUAAAGUGCUCUGUUACUCAAACAAUGACUUCCAAGUUUCAAGCCUUUGCAACUCACUACGAAAUGUUGUGAGUAAGCCUGGGAAAUACAAUCAGGUCAUAACAAAUAAUUGGACAAAUCAAAACACAUUUGUAGUUUCAUUUGUAGCAAAAUAGUCAACAGAGCAGUGUAAAUUGAAUUGUUUUAUUUUUGAGUAUAGUUUAUUGUCUUUAGUUUAGGAUUUUUGUGCUAAGAAAUAAGAAAUCACUUGGACUGCCAACCUUUUGUCAAUAUUGUCUAUCCAUAAAUCUUAUUUGAUCAAUCUUUUGACAUAAGAAUCAGAACAUAAAUCCCCAUAUGAAUACCCAGAUUAUUUGACGGAACAUCUAAGGCAAUGAACAAUAUCAGGACCCUGAAACUAAAAUCAGGAAUGAUACAUUUUAUUAAACCUGCGCUUUUUUGCUAAUAGGUAGGCACAUUAUACAGAGGGUCAUCACAAUUUGAAUUAUACCAUACAAUAAUGCCCUGUGUAGCUCACAUAGUACAGAGGGAAUCACAGCGUCUCUCUGUGACAGCGGGUUUGUCCAUGCUUUAGAUACGUGUGUAAAAAUGGUCGGACUUGACAGAAAACAUGUUCAAAUUAAGUAAAAAAUCCUCCUAUUUCUAAUACUGUGUUUUCAUUCAUUUCUUUAUUACAAUACGUGUAUUUGUUCAUUUGUUCAUUUGUUCCUCAGUUCACAGUUUAAAUAGAUUAAGAGCACCAAUUACACAACCCGAUUCCCGUAAAACACCAUGAGUAUUGUUGUUUUUUCAGAAAGAUUACCCAACGUUGGUCACCUUUACUUUGUAUUCAUAAUUAAGGAAUGUUUUUUGACAACCAUUCUUUGUUACACUCAUGAAUAAACACAUGUUCUCUGAUAUUUCACAAUCUCUUGUUGUCAUAGUAGGGCAAGGCUCCUUUAAGAUAUCAAUAACCCUAUUGAGCUAGUGAAGAGGUCAAAGUAUGUCAGCUGCAUCCGAGCCCUGCCCAUGAUGUGAAAUAGGGUGUUGACUUGUUGUUUCAGUUUAUGUACAGUGAGAUAAAUGAAUGACAGGCAACAUCUUGUUAAGUAGGGUUACUGAAUGUAUGACAGGAUUCUUACCUGCAAUCAACUCAAUGGGCCAUUGUGCAUGUACAUGUCUAAAAUGUCUCUAGUUUAUCUGAUUUUAAAUACAUACCAUCCCAAUCAGAUAAACCCAGAACUGAAGAUAAAAACAUUAGAAACUGGAUGCAUCAUCAACAAAAUAUCACAUCAAUAAAAUGAUCAUGCCAGUUGCAACGAUCCACAAUGCAACACAGACGUAGGUUUUGUAUGUGUGUGUGAGAUUAUUCCUUUGAUACAUUUGUAUCAAGGUAGAGGCAACACAAGACAAUAUUUUUGUCUUGACUUGCUCUAACUACACUUUCCAUACUGGCCAACUUUGGGGUGAUUUAUCAUUAAGGGGAGGGAAUUAGGACACACACUCAUCAUUCUCGCACGCCUCUCAGCACACACCCACACACACAUCGACAUACUUACAGUUUCAAGAUAACUUAGGAAACACAUAAAUCUACUCACAAUAUAAUCUGUCCAGUGUUCACAUGAGAUGCUGACAUAGUGGGACUGAAUACGACGAGUGCUAAAAAGCACACAGGUUUUUUCACUUGCCACAGAUUGCCUAAAUACACCUGAUUCACUGCCAGUCACCUCUCUCUGGUUGGCCACAUUAUUUUAAUUGUUGUGGCAACCCAUAGAUCAAAAACUAAACACAGUGCGAGAUACAUCACCUUAUUGUGUUCAGUUGUGUUUUGGUGUGGGGAAAGAAGUGGGAAAAAAAAAGAAAAUAGGAAAAUUUGGAGAGGUGAAAAGGUGAAGAGGACGUAACCAUCCAGAUUUCUUCAUCAUCAGAGUUCAUCAUCCUUGUCCUCCAACAUGGCCAGCAGACAAACAGUCGUGUUCCUCGUGGCAGUGGUGAUCUCCCUGUCAGACUUCAUUCAUAGCUUCCAACCCCUCUUCUCACCUGAUGGUAAUUCAACCACUCACCGUGACAUCACACUGAGGGCGGUCCUCAGAAAGACAGCUGAGGUCUGCCGAGACAUGGCUGCUUCGGAGGGACGGGACUUCCGCCUGACUAUUGAUGACAGCCUGUCAACUGAUAAGGUGCAAAGGGCCUGUUCUACGACAGGUACCUCCACCUCUCUCCUCUCAACUGUCCUUUUCCAAACAUCCAUCGCCAAUAUGUACUUCAGCAAUGCAAAAGUGGACGUGGAUUUUGCGCUGAGUGAGAAGCAUCAUUUUGAUGAUGAGACCUUUCAAGGCGGACGGGAUGUCAUCACAGCAGGUGUGGCUGCUGUGAAGGCCAGUGUGAAGCUGGAGAACUUCGUCGCAGGGAGGCGGAAUCUUGGACAAGUCUGUCACACCCUACAGGACUUUUACAGCCACAGUAACUGGGUGGAGCUGGGGAACAAAAGUCCUUACAGCACUCUGAUCAGCCCAGACCAACCUCUUGAAAACCUGGCAGGCCUAAGUGUUCCCACCUGUAGAAACUGUACUGGAGGAAAAUGUGAGAACAACCUUCUUCCUGACCUGCUGCAGCAAGGGCUUCUCACCUCAGGCUACUUCAACAUCGUCUCUCCAGCAAAACCUGCAGGCAAAUGCAGCCACGGUGGAUCAUUUGACCGGACAAGCAGAAAAGACCCAGUGGGGGGCAUCAGUAAGGACGACCUUGGGUCCAGUCAUGGCUCACUUCACCCAAAAGCAGCUGAUUUGGCUGAGAAUGCCACUAUGGAGCUACUAGAGGACGUCAGAGUAGCAGUGGGAGACAAGAACUUCCUGCGAUUAAUGGGCCUCUCCCAGUCCUCAGUGCUGUGUUUUGUCAUUGACACCACAGGCAGUAUGAGCGAUGACAUAGCCGAAGCUAAGAGGGUUUCCUUCGCCAUCAUUGACAGUAAGAGGGGAACCCAGCAGGAGCCCUCCGCUUACAUACUGGUGCCUUUCAAUGACCCAGGGUUUGGACCUGUGACAAUGACAGCCAAUGCAGAUUUCUUCAAAGACAGCAUCAACAAACUGUCUGCAAGUGGAGGAGGAGACAUCCCAGAGUUAUGCUUGUCUGGACUGCAGCUUGCCUUGACUGCUGCUCCACCCUCAUCUGAGAUCUUUGUCUUCACUGAUGCUCCAGCUAAGGAUUCUCAUCUGAAAAGCACCAUCACUGCUAUUAUAGAGAGCACCAAGUCAGUGGUAACUUUUAUGUUAACCGAUGUCUUGGUGAGUCGACGGCGCCGCAGAAACACUCAGCGGGUGUCUCCUCGUAAAAUGACCCAAUUAGAUGCCCAGCUGUACCGUGACCUUGCCCGUGCCUCUGGAGGUCAGGCCAUUGAGGUGACCAAGUCAGACCUCACUCUGGCUACAAGUGUAAUAGAGGAUUCAUUAGCCAAUGCUGUGGUGACAGUUUUUCAGGUAGUGAGGAAUCCUGGAAGGCCUGAUAACUUUACGUUUAUUGUUGAUGGAUCACUUAGGAACCUGACUGCCUACAUCACAGGAGCCUCAUCUCUCACUUUUGAUCUCACGAGCCCCACAGGUGUAUCUCAGAGUUCCAGUCAGUCCAGCGGUCCUUUGGCAACCAUAACCACAGCCGGAAACCUACGUCGUUUAAGCCUUAACACUGACAAUCAAACAGGAUCAUGGGAAAUCAGUGUUAACUCUAAAAAUCCUUACUCUGUUAAGGUCACAAGUCAAAGCUCAGUGAACUUCAUUUAUAACCUUGUGGAAGCUCAUGAGGGAGCCCAUGGGGAUUUCAGCCUAAAGGAGGGACGUCCUCUUUCAGGUGGUAAUGCUAGCCUCAUGAUAUCUGUGACAGGAAGUGACAAAGUAAAGGUCACAGAGGUCACUCUGUUUGACAGCUCCGGGCCAACAGAGGUCAACGGAUCAUUGCAGUCUGUAGGGAGUGGUAGCUUCCUGGUGACAUUCAGUGGAGUCCCAGCAGGCGAGUUUGUGGUUCGCAUGAAGGGAGCGGAUGGCAGCUCCACCUCCAGGUCCACAGCAACCAGCUUCCAGAGGCAGGCCUCCACUCAGAUCAAGACCUCCAGCAUCUCUGUUACUGCCCAAGCCAGCAACACCAACAUAGAACCAGGCUCUACCAUCUCCGUUCCUUUCACAGUCUCCACAACCACCAACGGAGUUGUCAACGACUCUGCAACAGGGAUGUUCACAGUGCGAGCCAACAAUGACCGCAGCUAUACUUCAACCUCACCAAGCUCCAUCACCAUAGCAUCAGGUGAUGGAGGCACAGCCAACGGCACCGUGACCUUAACGGCACCGGCCAGUGCUGCAUCCGGAACAGACAUGACCCUUACCAUUGAGGCCGAAAAUGCAGCUGCCACUGACAUCAACUACGCUGUCCUCAGGUUUUCUGUGGUGGCCAAGGUGACAGAUAUUACCCGUCCAGUGUGCCAGACAGUCAGUUCUUCCUCCAAUUGUCCAUCUUCUUCAUCACUGUGUGCUUCCUCACAGUGGUCAUUAAUUGCGAAUCUCACGGAUGGCAUCAAUGGAACCGGUAUUGAGAGCAUCACCAUCCGCAAAGGGAACGGUACCCUCAAUACCAGCACAGUGGCUGGGGCUGGAGGGGCCAACGUUACAGUUGCUACAUACAGCGCCUCCUGCUGUUCACAGAAUGUAGAGCUGGCUGCCGUGGACAAAGUAGGAAAUGUGGGGAAAUGUGCAGGACAGGCUAGACAAACGAUGGUUGCCACUACACUUACAGCUAUCACAGCUGCAGUGAACACAACAUCCACUGGAGGGCACACCUUGAGCAUAUCACACUGUCUCUGGAUCAGUGUUGUGGUUUCUCUCCUAUGGAAGUGAAAGGGAUGAAUACAAAAGUACACUGUAAUUAUAGAUCAAUGAUGUCCAAUGGAUUAUGAAGGGAAUCACAUGAUUUAAGCGUCCCCUCAAAGUAUUGCUUGGAUUUAUUUCCAUCAGGUGUGUUUGAAUUACUAUUGCUUGGGUAAAAAGGAAGUUUUCUUCCAUUUAGAAAUAAAUCAUAUUGCCUUUGUGUUUAAUGAAGUUGUAUUUAUUUCUUGAUUAAAACAAAUAUAACAAAUGUAAUUUA